AUGGCUGCUGCAGUAUCAGUGGCUCCCAAAGCCCAGUGGAGUGCGCAAAAAGGGGCUGUUCUAGGAGAAACUAAACUGUUGACUGGUUUGGAUUUCAGCCUUCUCCGUGGAACUGCACCACCAGUCAUUGUGCCUGAAGGAGUACACACACUUUAUGAAGAUAUUCUUGAGGGAAAACACCACCAAGGGAAUGAUGCAGAAACUGCAAGGCCUAGCAAUUCCAAAAUCACCAAUACACUGGGUCUGGCUGUCCAUGCUGCAGGUGAUGGUGUUGCAUUGGGAGCAGCAGCUUCUACUUCACAGACUAGCGUCCAGUUAAUUGUGUUUGUGGCUUCAAUGCUAUGGAAGUCACCAGCUGCUUUUGGGCUGGUUUUGUUCUUAAUGAAUGGUGGCCUACAGCAGAAUCAAAUUAGAAAGCACUUACUGGUCUUUGCACUGGCAGCACCAGUUAUGUCCAUGGUGACAUUCUUAGGACUUAAUAAGGGCAGUAAAGAAGCCUUUCCAGAGGUCAAUGCCACUGGAGUGGCCACACUUUGGGUUGCCAGGACAUUUCUUUAUGUUGCCACAGUACAUGUCCUCCCUGAUGUGGGUGGAAUGAGGCACAGUCACCAUCUGAACCCACUGGAGGUGGCAGCCCUGGUUCUGUGUUGCCUCAUCCCACUCAUCCUCUCAACAGGACACCAGCAUUAA